GUCUUCGCUUUUGCUCUUCGCACAUCAUAAAGCCCAUUGAAGGCGCCAGGCCAGUUUUGCUGGAUUGUUCUUCAAUCCUCGACUUGCCAGCAGAGGCCCUUGCAAAUUGGAGAAACGCUGCAGAGGAUGGCAUUUGCACUCCAACUCGAACACCUCGAGAUGAUGACGACCGUCAUGAAAUCAAAGACCCAAAAGCAGCAGGCAGCGACUCUGGCAGCAGCAGCACUUUGCAAGCUGCUGCCAGCACAUCCCAGCUAGAGGCCCUGUGGGCUAGGCGCAUGCAGGCCUCUCGGGGGCCCCCUGGGGGCCCCCCUGAGGGGCCCCUGUCUGUGGGGGCCCCCGGGGGGCCCCCCGGGGGGCCCCCUGAGGGGGCCCCCCCCAGCAGCGGGGGGGGGGGCCCCCAGACUGUACCCUUGGGGGGCCCCCUUGAGGGGGCCCCCCAUACCUUUAGCAGCAAUUCGAUUACUCCUUAUAUUGAGAAAGAAGAAGCCUCGGAAAGCAAUGACUUGGCCUCAGUUCUCGCCGCCGCUCGCGGCGACUGGCUUGGAAGUGGCGCUGCUGGAGGGCCGGCGGCAGUACGCGCAGCACGUGGGGCCCCACAGCAGCAGCAGCAGCAGCAGCAGCAGCAGCAGCAGCAGCAGCAGCAGCAGCUGGGGCGAGGGGGUGCCGGGGCUGGAGGAGGGGGCGGGGCCGGAGGCGAGCUGGUGCUGCAGCAGGUGCGGCAGCAGCAGCAGCAGCUGCAGCAGCUGCGCGCUGCUGCUGCAGUGCAGCAGCGCGCCCUUUUGCCUGCAGUCCCCAGCAGCAGCAGCAGCAGCAGCAGCAGCAGCAGCAGCAGCAGCAGCGGCACGAAGGCGACGAAGCAGCAGCAGCAGCAGCAACUCCGGCCGGCAGCAACACGCAACUCCAGCAGCCCAAUAGCCAACCCGCUGAUGAAGCCCAAACUUCCUCAGAAAAGCUCGAUCAGGCAGCAGCAGCAGCAGCAGCAGCAGCAGCAGCAGCAGCAGCAGCAGCAGCAGCAGCAGCAGCAGCAGCACGAGUGUUGGGCUGAGGUGCUGCCGUAUUUGCACUUGUUUUGGCCCUUCAUUGAGCAGCAAGAAGCAAUUGGAGAUCUCGACAUUUGUGUUGUGUCGCUGCUGCUGCAGCAGCUGCAUGCAGUUGCUGCUGCGCGGCCCCACACCUUCGUGGACUACCCGCUGCUGUCAGAAGCCAAAAGGUUCAAGGGGGUCUUUGCUGCUGCUGCUGCUGCUGCUGCAGCAAACCAGUGGUCUACCGCCAUGGACAGCAGCAGCAGCAGCAGCAGCAGCAGCAGGGGCUGCGACGACGAAAACCAGCCCCAGUGGACGCUGGGAGGCGGCAGCCCCCUCUACGACUAA